UGAGCUGAGCUAAAGCAGAGCUGUCAGAGAGACAGUGAACCCUGCUCCAGCUGCUGCAUACAGCACAUCCGCAGUGGAUGGGCUCAGAUGCCCUCUCUGCGUCGGGCUUGACUUCAGCUAGAGAGUAGUUGUUACCUUUUUAGUAUUUUGCCUGUUUUUUUUGUUAGUUUCGUUCGCACUGAGAGAUUUGCAAGUGGUCGACCAUAAUAACGCUUGUUAACGGGGUUUCGCCGUGAUUUAAAUAAGGCGACACACCUUUUUAUAACGGGGUGGUGUAAAAUCUCUGCAUUCUGAAUUUGUGCAUCUAUUUACUUUUUAUGACAUUUCAUGAUGAACACGGAUAUUAUUCGUUGGAGCCUCUGGGAUGCUUUGCCGGGCGGGCUUAAGAUUUAGUUUGCAAAGCUGUGUGUGUGAAUGAGUUGGUAGCGCACACAUCCAGCCAACUGUAACCUUCAAGCUAACGUCAAUGACAGCUAGCAGUUAGCUGGUGGGAGUUGGUGGAUAGCGGGCUUUCUGAGAGUUUUUCAUCGCUCGUCAGCUGCGCGUUUGCAGAGGGAUGCGUGAACGCGAUGCAUUAAAUAACGAAAGGGACAAAUUGCAUGUCGAGAUCCGGCGGGGCGCUGCUGAUUCCGAACAGCUCGUGUCAAGACCUCGCCACAGAGAGGGAUUUCAUUCAUCCGAGCCUGCUCGCUAAACAUGGCCUCUGCAGCCAGCAACCUCGCUGCAUCCAUCGCCAGGAAAACCAAAACCAAGAAGAAACAUUUCGUGUCUCAGAAGGUGAAGCUGUUUCGGGCCAGUGACCCGCUGCUCAGCGUCUUGAUGUGGGGAGUGAACCACUCGAUAAAUGAACUCAGUCACAUCCAGAUUCCUGUUAUGCUGAUGCCUGAUGACUUUAAAGCCAACUCAAAGAUCAAGGUGGACAACCACCUCUUCAACAAAGAGAACAUGCCAAGCCAUUUCAAGUUUAAGGAGUACUGUCCUCUAGUCUUCCGCAAUCUGAGAGAGCGGUUCUCCAUUGAUGAUCAGGAAUAUCAGAACUCUCUGACACGCAGGGCCCCAAUUCCCAGUGACGCUCAGGGCCGUAGUGGAGCUCGUUUCCACACUUCGUACAACAAGAGGUAUGUCAUCAAGAUCAUCACCAGCGAGGACGUGGCCGAGAUGCACAACAUUUUGAAAAAGUACCACCAGUAUAUAGUCGAGUGCCAUGGAAACACGCUGCUCCCUCAGUUUCUGGGUAUGUAUCGCCUCACAGUGGAUGGAGAUGAGACCUACAUGAUCGUCACUCGUAACGUCUUCAGUCACCGGCUGCCUGUUUACAAAAAAUAUGACCUGAAGGGAUCCACAGUGGCAAGAGAGGCUAGCGACAAAGAAAAGCCACGUCCACCUGAGGAGGCUCCGUCCAAAUCACGCAUGAGCCAAAAGCUACAAACCAUCCGGAUUGCCACACGCUUUUACUGCGCCAUAAGACACACCAAGGAGCUUCCAACUUACAAAGACAAUGACUUCAUCAAUGACGGCCAGAAAAUCUACAUAGAUGAGGAGAACAAGAAAAUGUUCCUGGAGAAACUGAAGAAUGACGCAGAGUUCCUGGCCCAGCUGAAGCUGAUGGACUACAGUCUCCUGGUGGGGAUCCAUGAUGUGGAGCGAGGGGAGCAGGAACAGCCCGAAGAGGAGAGUGAAGACAACGACGCUGGAGAAGAGGAGGGGACGGAGAGCGACGGAGGGGCCACUGGCUCCCCACCAGACAGUCCCAGUAACACACUAGACAGCAAUAGACCUCUGGGCCCCGGAGAGUUUGAUCCCGCCAUUGAUGUAUAUGCCAUCAAGAGCCAUGAAAAUGCUCCCAAAAAAGAAAUCUACUUCAUGGCAGUGAUUGACAUUCUCACUCCAUAUGAUGCCAAGAAGAAAGCAGCCCACGCAGCUAAGACGGUCAAACAUGGGGCAGGGGCUGAGAUCUCAACGGUCAACCCCGAGCAAUACUCAAAGCGGUUUUAUGAUUUCAUCACCACCAUUCUGUCCUAACUGCUGCCUGAGGCUGAGCAACAGGUGGUCACAUAUGAGCUCAUAUCCUGGGAGAGGUUUUCCAGUGGUUAACAGAUCCAGUGUCACUCUCCCACUUGUCACAUGAUCACGUCGGAGUUGUUUUGUUUACAAUUCGUUUACUUUUUCUCCUCUGUUCGGUAGGUUUGUGGCUCCAUGUGGUUGAUAAGGCAUACAUGUGAUAUAGUCAUGCAUAUAUAGCGUUGAAGCGUUCUGUACCUUUGUGUUAGAUAUUGUUGAUUGAGAAACUGAGUGAUGUUUAUUGUGCCCAGCUACGUGGUAUGAUUAUCAUACUGGAACUCUCAAAGCUGCUUAUAUAUUUAUUGUGGAGAAAAAUUCGUUGUUCUCAAAGGAAUAGUUCACCCCAAAAUUUGACUUGACUUGCUGAAAAUGUACUCACCCUCAGACCUUCCAAGAUGUAAAUGAAUUAGUUUCUUCAUAUGAACUGAUUAGGAGAAAUGCCUCACCAGUGGAUCCUCUGCAGUGAAUGAAUGGGUGCCGUCAGAAUGAGAGCUGAUAGUAAUCCACACAACUCCAGCUGAUCGAUUAAUGUCUUGUGAAACAAAAAGAUGCAUUAAAACAAAUUCAUCAGUGCAUUUUUUUUAUCAUGUUUGGACUCUUUUUCUGACGGCACCCAUUCACUCCAAAGGAUCCGUUGGAGAGGAAGUGAUGCAAUGCUAAAUUUCUCCAAAUCUGUUUUGAUGAGGAAACAGACUCAUCUUCUUGCAUGGCCUGAGACAGAGUGCAUUUUCAUCAAAUUGCAUGUUUUAAUUUUUAAGAGAACUAUUCCUUUAAUUUAAAAAAGUCCAAUAAAUAACUCAAAUAUAUAUCAAAAUAUAUAUUUUAAGUUUAGCCCUGAACAAAUAUGACCAGAGUCAGAAUUAAAAUAAACUGGAACAUAUAAUUGAAAAAGUGUUUAUUGCACUAUCGCUCUUUAGCUGCAGGCAAAUCUGUUUGUAACAUUGGAAAAGAAUGCAACUUCAGGAUCAAUUACUGCAAUUAUAGUUAAGAUCCAAUCAUUAAAUUGGAUUUUAGAUGAUCUGCCUGUUGUGCAUUGUAAAGUCUUGCACAGGAGCUUAAUAUUUGCAACUGGCUCCGAUAAUAAAGUUAAGUAUAAUGCCACUGUUUUUGCACAUGAUGUAAUGCACCAAAACGUUUAUGCAAAUGAUUCCAGUUUUACCACUGCCUCGCAGAGGGUCAUGCAAUAGUAGCGAUUCGUAGAAUGUGUUAAGCACCUAAUGGGUUACCACUUUUGUAUCCCUAGUAAAAGAACAAAACAUUGUCUGUUUUAUGUUGUUUAGCUCUCGAUUAGAGAACAUCAUAUGAAAAUGAAGCAUAUUUUGUAUCUCCCUUUUUUUACAACAAUAUUUAGCAAGUUUACAGUGGGCCGUUCUCUUGAGAAUGCAGUUGUGCUGGCGCUAUAUAGAUGCUUGAAUCUGCGUAUAGUGUUUCAGCUGCACUGUAAAGAGCGAGAGAAUGCUGCCUCUUUCUGUUGAUAUCUCUCUCUCUCUCUCAUCAUUGUCGAAACUUUGUGUGAUCCCAGAGACCUUUAGUAUUAUAAAAGUAUAUAGAUAUUGUGAUAUGUCUUCUUCUGAAAUAUCGUUUGCAAAGUAAUCCUAAAUAUUCCACUCUAUGUGUUGACAUAUAUACACUGUGCGAGGGUGUGCCUUUUUUACUCUGAAUUAUUUAAUUUUGUAUUUGAAUAAUUUUUUUAAAAGAGACGUUUGAAAAAUGUUAUUUUCUAAAAAGGGAAAGGUGAAUGGGACGAACCCUAAGGUGGUUUUGCUGUUCCUGUGUAGAUGUGUAAAUAUGCAGGUGUAUUACGUGUUUGCAAUAUUAUGUCAAUGUUGCAGUCCUAACGGUACAAAAACGUAAAAUUUUCCUGAAAUGGUUAACCUGAUUAAUUUGCUUAAUUUACUCAUUUGAUUCCUACAUUGUUGUUAUAAUUGAAGUUGUUUCACAGGCUCGAUGUGUUGCUGUAUUUGGAUUUCUAUCCUAUCAAUUACUAAUUAGAUAAUAAGCAAUGUCAGUUUUUGUUUUAAGACAGUUUCCAGUGGAAGAGGCGAGAGGCUUCAUGAACACACAGUGAUGACUUUGAUGUCAGUACAGCACGUGAAUCUCAAGGAAGCCACUUCUUUGAGCUUUUGGCGGAAAUGACUUCACUUUGUCUCUCAUUGUAUAGAGUUAUGAUCUCAUGUGUUGUAAUUUGUAAAAACAUGAUUCCAUGUUGAUGAUGCAGUGUGAGUUUGAUACUGUAAUGUUUGAGGAAGAGAAAAAAUGCGUUGAAGUUAAUGUGAGCCCUUUUAAAUAUAUUAUCGGUUGUCAGUCUACUUGUCAUAACUGUUAUAUACGUCAUGAAAGUGUGCAGCUCUUGUGUGUAUGUGCUGUAGGCCUAAAUUAUUUAAAAGCACUCUGUCCCAUAAGCAUUGCUCAAUAAAAUGAUGCAUUGCUCCGCUUGA